AUGAAAUCAAUCUUCGUCUCGGCAGCUCUCAUUGCAGCAGCAGAUGCACUUAUUGCUCGCGACUCAACCUGCUGCUUCCAUCUGACUGCCUCCGGUGGCCCUGGCGGAGUCGUCGGCCAGCUUAGCGAUGGUCAGAAUAGAAUCGGCCAGACCUCUGGACUCGCCAACGGACAGGGAACCUACUGCAUCGAUUCCAAAGGUGGUCUCACCGACGGUAAUGGUCGUGGUUGCAUCCUGACCCCUCCAACAACCCAGUUCCAAUGUGAUGUGGGUGCUAGCCCUACAGAUGGUUUCUCCGUCUCUUGUGAUGGUGCAUUGUCUUACAAGGGCAACACCGACUUCAAGGCUUGCCCAACUGGGGACAAUGGUGGUUACAACAUUUACACUGUUGCUCCAGCUGGUCAAGGUGGUUGUGUUUCGAUCACCUUGGGAGCAGACAACUGCAAAUCAGGUUGCCCUGCACCAGCCCCUGCUCCCAAGACUUGUCCUGCUGCCCUCUCUGGCGCUUACGAGUAUCCCCAUCUCAUCGUUCCCGUCGACUCGAAGCAGCCUGACAAGGCCUUUGGCACUCAGUACAACGGCACGGUCUCCAACACUGUCUCCAGCUUGUUCAACUUUGACAUACCCAGCUCUGACAGUGGAAAGACUUGUUCUCUAGUCUUCCUCUUCCCUGAGCAGAAGAAUCUGGAGACAUCGUCGUUCGACUUCUCGGGUGCUGGCGGAAUCGACUUUGCUAUGUUGAAGGGACCCGCCAGCUCAGGCACUACAUACAACAACAAGCCAGGCGUUGCUACCGACUAUGGAGUGACCAAGGUGGCUCCUGGAACAUCCUCGGUCAUCGCAACCUUCCCCUGCCCGGGCAACUCUGCCAUUGGCUUCAGUCUAUCUGCUUCAGACAACACUCAGUUCUCGUACUUCCAGGACUACAAUCCCAGCCCUAUCGGUCUCUACAUCACCGUGUGCUAG